AUAUCACCCGGAUUUAUGCAAAGAAAAGGUCAGUAAAAAGACGCGAUUGAGUUACUACAAUCAUUAAAUGCACCAUGAGAGCUCCCUUUUCCCUCGGCCUCGCUCUUGCGGUGCUGGUGGAGGUCGGCUUCACCCAUCUUGUUCAGGAUGAAGGAUUCCAAUUCUUGGAAAAGCGAGCCUCUUGCGGCUCCAGCGCUGGCUCAUGCCCUUCGGGAUCCUGCUGCUCUGAGUCGGGCUUCUGUGGCACCACCAAGGAUUAUUGCGCUGCCCCCGGCUGCCAGCUCACUUACAGCAACGGCUGUGAUACCUUUCAAAAGCCAGUCGGCGAUUCUACGGAGAAUAUCGCUCGGCCCAAGAUUGGAAACGUUCCCUACGGCACCAUCAUCACCACGUGCAGCUCGCCCGGGCAGGUCGCACUGACCUAUGAUGACGGCCCCGAGAGCUUCACGAGCGCGCUGCUCGACAAGCUGGACGCGCUCGGCGUCAAGGCCACCUUCUUCGUCUCGGGCAACAACGUGGGCAAGGGGGAGAUUGACGGCUGCGGCAACUCGUGGGCCUCCAUCGUCAAGCGCGCCUACGACGCGGGCCACCAGAUCGCGCACCACACCUGGACGCACCAGGACCUCGAGGCGGCCAACAGCACGGUCCGCAAGACGGAGAUGAUUUACGACGAGAUGGCCUUUCGCAACAUCUUUGGCUGGUUCCCGACGUACAUGCGCCCGCCGUUCCUCUCGUGCGGCUCCAACUGCCAGGCCCUCAUGAGCCAGCUCGGCUACCACAUCGUCAGCACCAACCUCGACACCAAGGACUACGAGAACGACUCGCCCACCCAGAUCCAGGUCUCCAAGGACAGGUACUCGGCCGGCAUGUCCAACACCUCCAUCUCCAACAGCUACAUCGUCCUGGCCCACGACACCCACGAGCAGACCGUCACCAACCUCACCGACUACAUGGUCAGGGUGGCCAAGGACCGCGGCUACAAGCUCGUCACCGUGGGCGAGUGUCUCGGUGACCCCAAGGAGAACUGGUACCGAUCCGCGGGCUCGGCCGGCGCUUGCACCCCUGCCGGCGGUGCCGGCAACAACACUGGCGGAAGUAGCAGCAGUAGCAGUAGCAGUAGCACCAGCGCAGCAACUUCGAGCUCUUCGGCCUCGAGCCCCCCGAUCAAGGUGCCAGUCACGACGACCUCCAGCACCGCCGCCGCCGCCUCAUCCAGCUCCUCUAGCUCGGCCACAAUCUCCAAAGAUCAGAGCUGCGGCGGCACCAACGGUUACACUUGCAAAGGCUCCGCGUACGGCAACUGCUGCUCCGCCUAUGGAUGGUGCGGCUCGUCUCCGGCGUACUGUGGCACAGGCUGCAACCCAAAGUACGGAACAUGUGAUCCCACGUCCGACACCCUCACGAACACCACCGUCGGCCUGUGUGGCCCGAGCUAUAAUGCGACCUGUCUCUACUACGGAACAAAAACCUGCUGCUCAAAGUAUGGAUAUUGCGGAAACACCGCCGCCUAUUGUGGCACUGGGUGUCAGCCAAAGUACGGAACCUGCACCGGGUGAUAUGUUGGUUUGUAUGGGUACUCGGUUCUCCAUGUGCACGUGUCUUAAUAGCGCCAUACUAUUCCUUCAACACGCUCUCUCACGUUUACAUGACAAAUGAACAAGUCUUGUACGUCAUGUACAUAUAUGCGUUGGGGACGAUUGCAGGUUUGGAGGUACUAGUUUUCGAGAGAGCAGCCAGGGAGCAAAAGCUAUCAAUCUACACUACCAAGC